AUUAACCGUACUAUUUCCUAUAUCCGAGUCUAUUCUUUAAUGUUAACUCUUUCCCUUUAUUUUUCCAUACUUCUUCUCUUAGCACUUCUCUUUCUUCAUCAUAACCCUUACAAUUAAUAAUCACAUGUUCUACAGUUUCACUCUGUCCACAUUUCUCACACAAUCUCGUUGGAUGUGUAUUGUUUUUCUACCUUUUCCCACUUUCUUUUGUAUUGCAUAUAAAUUUCUCCCUUUAAUGUCAUUAUCCCAAUGCUGUUGCCACUUUUUAAUCACUUUCUCUUUAAUUGCAGAUUUUAUUUCUGCGUAACUGCUGCGCAAAGAUGAUGUUGAAGAGUACGCAGUGAUAGUCGCUCUCUGAUUGGUUCCUUCAAUGAGAGGGUCCUGACCUGGGGGCUGAUAGGGCUGAAGGCAGCAGCCGGUGUGCUCGAGAUAACGAAAUCCUCUGCUGACUAGAACGAACUUAAACCAUUCACGACGCACAUUUCACAAGAUUCACAACGACCUGGAACAGGACAAGAAGACAUAAUUAAACCACACCACAUCCAUGGAUGAAAACAAGCCUUCUCGUAUGUAUUUUAUUGGCAAGAAAGAAGAUCUUGUUCAGGCCAAGAGAACGAAUGUGACUCUGGAUGGAAGAGACAUUCUUAUUAUAUAUCAUAAAAGAACUUUCUAUGCAAUGGACCUGCAGUGUUACCAUGCCGGCAGUAGUUUAGAGCCCGGAGAUAUUGAGGAAAUCAACAACAAGCUCUGUAUUGUGUGCCCAAAGCACAAGUAUAAGAUCACUCUGGCAGAAGGUGAAGGGUUAUACAGGGCCACCAACCCUGCAGAGAAAGUCCCAACUCCACGGUGGUAUUCCAAAGGCAUAAAGCAGAGAGUGCACAAAGUGACAGAAGUAGACGAAGACAUCUUUGUGACGUUGUCCAACUGCCCCGGGUGGAUUGAGUCAGACUAUUAUCAGACUGAGAAGGGCAGGGCAGAACUGAGAAAAGCACAGGAGUCUGAGGAUGGAGAAGCAGACGUGAAUGCAGAUGAAGACGUUUAGUCUGGCAGCAACAAUGAGACGAGAGCUUCAGGGAUCCUAAGGGAACUGCAUAUAUUAAGAUUGAUGAUUUCAGAGUCAGUCGGUAUGAGUAAAACUGCGAUUUGACAUCAUGAAUCAAAAUAAUGUCAUAGCCCUUUUUCUUUCAGCUCAUUUUGUUAGGUUUUGCAAAAAUAAAAUCCUUAAAUUUGAAAAAAUAAAAAUCUUAAAAUGUGCAUUUUCAAGAAUUAUAUAUAUAUAUAUAUAUAUAUAUAUAUAUAUAUAUAUAUAUAUAUAUAAAAUUUCACUUAUUUAAAAUAAAUAAUUAAAUAUAUGUAAUAUAUAAUAUUAUUAUUUAAAGUAGUCACGUUUUACAUUCAUGCAUUUGGCAGAUGCUUUAAUUCAAAGCGACUUAUGCUGCAUUCAAGGUAUACAUUUUUCAAGCAUACAAUUUUCAAGCAGUGAGCUCAUAUUGACAUUGAGAUGUCUCCAAUAAUGUCUACUUUUGAAUACAUUUCCAUUAAAUACCUAGUUGAUUCUUGCGCAAACAUUUAACUCGGCAUUCAUUUAUUAUUUCUUAGAUGAAAUAUUCUGGAGACAGUGACCAUCAACUUCAAGCGUAGCAGAAAGAGUAAAUGGAAAAGUGCCAGAAAUUAGACAAUUGUGGCAUACAUCAUAUUUCAUUUUCAGAUUGCAAAUCAUUUGAUUUGUUUGGCUCCUGUGUGCUGAGAAAUCCAUCGAAAUUGUGUACUUAUAUGAGAGCAAGAUUAUUUGAUGAAUGGAAAGUUCAAAAGUCGCAUGUAUUUAAAAAAGUUAAAUUAUAAUUGUCUUUACUGCCAUAAAUUUAAUGCGUUCUUGCUGAAUAAAAGUAUUAAUUUCUUUCAAAAAAAAUUACUGACCCCAAACUUUUGAUUGGUAUUUAUUAAUUUGUCAUGUAAUAAGGUCCUAAUCAGUUGUUGUGAUAAUGUCUGACUGCAGUGUGCUGAGUAUGUGAAAUUUAUUAAAUGAUCCAGAUUUAUCGAUUAUGAAUCUAUUUAGCUGAGAGCAGCAUCUCAAAACGGUGCAUGCUUGUUUAACCUUGGUUUAUCUCUUACACUUGGAACAAAGAAAGGACAAGAAAAUACUUUGAUAAGCAUCUUGACUCAGUGUGCAAACUAGAUAGCCAGAUAUCCAUUUAUGCCUUCCCCAACUACACUUCAGUGCGGACUCAACUGGAAAAAAGUCCCAAAGCUCAACGGUACAGUUACUGUAAUGUAAUAUCUUCCUUAAAUAUGGCCUGUUGUCAUUCAAUGGCUCUGAAUGGACUGUUAUUCUCAUUCACAAUGAGGAAUAAUGUGUGUAGUUUGUGUAAGAUCAGAAGUUAGACUUCCCUGUAGAGUGGUUGUGAUCUCUGGGCCAAGAGUGUACACGAGGGGCACGUGAUUGUGCAUUGGAGUAGAAAUAAGAUUCUGCAUGGCAGAUGACCUACAGUAACCCAUCCUGCCCUUUAAAAACAAAUGUUCUGAAUGGUACGCCAACCAAGCAGCACCUAAAAUAGCAUAUACACCUCUCAGCAGUGCUUUUAAAACGUGCCUGUUUUAUUAUUUAUUUCAGCCUGUUGACAAACAGAAAUAGUUUAUUUUAGCCUGUAGAGCAAAAAGGACUGGCAGGAGAAAUCCUCCGAUAACACAGUCCUACAUCUUGAAAAAGAAUUCUUCUGAUUUGCAAAAAAAGCCUAAUAUUACCUAAUUUGAUGAUGCUGAGUAUAAAAAUAUCAGUAAAAAAAUUCUAUCGUGCACAGUGUCAUUUUGGCCUCUUGUUGUUCAAAUUAUAAUCAGCUAGAGUGCACUUUAAAGCAACUGGGUGUAUUUUUGCGACUUUGGAGCCCCUUUCAGUUCAGUGAGUUGAAUUAAGUGUGGUAAAUAUACCUCUGUUGUAAUUACAGUGGAUAGCUGCUGCCGUAAAGCAAUCCACACUAUAAAAAAAAAAAAAAAAGUUGAGCCAACUUAAAAUUUUCGUACCCGCUCACCUAGAACAGACGUAUGUGGGAAAGUUAUGCAGAAACAUAAGUAUGCCAUCAGAAUUAAAAUAAUAUAAAAUAGCAGUCAAAUGUCUGUUUUGGUUUUGAUGACAAAAAGGUGUUAUCAAAAUGUAUAAUUUAACUUACAAUCUGAAAAGGAGUGGAGAAAUAUGUUCAAUUGCUCCAUUUAAUGAAUUUCACAUAAACACAAGUUUUACUCCCUAAAAAAUCGGUAAUUUUCUGUUGCCACUGAAUUAAAAAUAAAAAAGGAAAUUGAGACUUUUUAUCUCACAAUUUUGUCUUGAUUCUUGCAAUUGUUCAUUUAUAUCCCACAAUUCUGAAGACUGAAUUUUUCAGAUAAACUCAGAAUUGCAAGAAGAAAAAAAAAACUCAACUAAAGAAUAAAAAAAUCACAUUUUACUUUAUUAUUAUUAUUAUUUAAUCCUGUGGCAGAAACAAGCUUUCAUAUAAUUCUAACCUUAAAAUAUAAAAUAAUGUCUUCAGAUUCAUUCAUCACCUGAGAAAUUGAACAAAUAGUUGUAAUGGCUCAGAAGAAGACAGGAAUCAUGUAUUUAUUGCAGUUUUUCUGGUGAGUAUAAUAGGGGACAACAAGACUUCUCCUUACAAAUGACUGUCAAAAGUGAAAUUGCUAACAAAUGCACAUCACAUUUUGUGAGAAUAUAUGACGUGACAGAGCAAAACAGCUACUGUUUUUGGAAUCAACACCCCAAAAUUAGUAAGAAACAAGUAUUGGAUUCCAUUCAGCAAAUAUUAUGCAGGGCAGCAUAAUGAGUAAAUUCUGGAAGCUGGGAAUAGGCCUACUAUAUUUGAAGUAUAUCCCACUAGGCCAUACAAAAUAACAACACUUCUAUACUCACAUCCCAGAAUUCAGUAAUCUUCCUGAGUAUAAUGAUGAAAGCUUGUCUUUGCGUUAGACGAUGGGUGCGGGAUUAUAUUAGACCUGUUAUAUGGAUAAAAAGCAUGUUAUGGUAGAAUUAAAAUAAUCCUUUCAGUAGAUCAGGACAGCAUGACUGACGGAAAUAAGGUGGAAUGCGAGCUUUGAUUCGCUACGGCUCAGGAGAGAUGAUGCUAUUUUGGUGAUCUCAAAGGAGGAUCUGAAGGGUGCUGAGGCUUUUUGAUGUCAUAUUGUGGCAAACAAGGCAAAUUAAAAUAUAUACAACACUUGGCUAAAAAUAGAACAGUUAGAGUUACUGAAGUAAUAGUAUUGGUUUGAGUGCAAAGAAUAAUAACUAAUUACCUGAGAGGAAGAGGACAAACAUCAAAACAGCUUUUAUUUCUUGCAGAUUAGGUUAUUGGGUCAAAUGCUAUUUUUAAACAGCUUUUUCAGCGUCAAUACAUUGCCUCAAGCAGACUGACUCUAAAUUUACAACACCUUUGUACUACACCAAUAGCUCACUAUAGGGGGCCUCAGUAAAUGAAAGAUGUUUUAAAAGAUUAAAAGCAAAAUCAUUGCUGCAAACAAACCAAAUGUAUUUUUCCACUAGUCAGAGAUAGCUAAUUGUUUCUAUAAUUUCCAUUUAAUUAUUAUCUAUUAUUGAUAAUAAUAAUAGUAAGAAUUGUGUGUAUAUAUAUAUAUAUAUAUAUAUAUAUGCACA